AGCAUCAUGUCAGCUGACGCGCGCGCACACACACACGCGCACACCUACCUGAGUCGUGGGACCUUCCGUGGCUGCACUUGGCAGAGGAUAAAUCACACCAUGCUACCUGACAAAGAUGGUCCAGGUGUUGGAGGCGGACAGAGCUCUCCUGAGGGAGAAGACCCCUCUGUGACUCUGUUCAGAGACUACCUCCGGCUCAAAACCGUCCACCCAGAGCCCGAUUAUGAUGCUGCUCUUAGGUUCCUAGACAGAAUAGCGGAGGAGCUUGAACUACCCAUGAGGAAGAUCGAGGCUUUUCCAGGUAGAGUCAUAUCCAUCAUGACAUGGGAGGGAACGAAUCCCACUUUGAAGUCCAUCUUGCUGAAUUCCCACACAGACGUUGUACCUGUUUACCAGGAACAUUGGAAGUACGAUGCUUUCAGUGCUUUCAAAGAUGCAGAGGGCAACAUUUAUGCCCGUGGAUCACAGGACAUGAAAUGUGUAACUAUACAGUACAUCCAGGCAGUCAGGAGGCUGAAGGCAAAGGGAUGGAAACCGGUGCGCACUGUGCAUCUGAUGUUUGUUCCUGAUGAAGAAGUUGGAGGUCACAAGGGAAUGGACACAUUUGUGAAGCAGCCAGAGUUUCACAAGUUAAACGUCGGCUUUGCCCUUGAUGAAGGUCUGGCAAAUCCCACUGAGGCUUUCACUGUGUUUUAUGGAGAAAGGAACCCAUGGUGGAUUACUGUCCAUUGCCCAGGCAGUCCAGGUCAUGGGUCUCGGUUUGUGGAGAAUACAGCUGCUGAGAAGCUGCGGCACAUCAUAAACUGCUUCCUGGACUUCAGAGAGAAGGAAAAGCACAGGCUAAAUACUAGUGAGUGUUUUACACUUGGUGAUGUCACCACAGUAAAUAUGACUAUGGUCAAAGGGGGUAUGGCCUACAAUGUCAUUCCAGCUGAAAUGGAUGUCAGCUUUGACCUAAGAAUACCACCCACAGUAAAUCUACAGGAGUUUGAGAGACAGAUCAAGCAGUGGUGCAAGGAAGCAGGAGACGACGUCACCUAUGACUUUGCUCAGAAACACAUGAACCAAAAUGUCACAUCCACAAAUGAGAAUGAUCCAUGGUGGAAUGCCUUCAGUACUGCCUGCAAGGCGUUGAAUAUGACUUUGGAAAAGGAGAUCUUUCCUGCUGCCACAGAUAGCCGUUUUAUCCGAGCGGUGGGUAUCCCUGCUAUUGGCUUUUCUCCAAUGAACCAGACACCAAUCCUGCUGCAUGAUCACAACGAGUAUCUGAAUGAGCAAGUCUUCCUGAAAGGCAUCAGCGUGUACGAGAGGCUCAUCCCGGCUCUUGCCAGCGUUGCUGCUCUUCCUGAUGAGGCUUAGACAUCAUAUAAUCCUUUCUAAAACAUAUUUACCAGAUGAUCUGACUAUUUAACUUGAGGAAUUUGCAGAGAUUACCAAAGAGUAUAUCAUGAAACUGAGCUCUUAACCUUGAGUACUGUUUAUUUUUUAUGAUUCUCAGGAUAUAGUCACAGUAAGCUUUUGCUUUACUCGACAUUGCAGCUGGUUUUAAUAACAUACUGUGUGGUUAACAUGAUUGGGUGUACCUGCGUGUAUGCGUUUUUGAAGGAUUAUUUUCUGUCGUGUAAACCAUUCAGUUCAUUUAAAGAAAUCGAGUGAUUUUGAUUGCCAGAUUUCUAAUUAAACUUGAUCUAAAACUU